AUGAAAGCCUAUCUAAAGAGCGCAGAAGGCUUUUUUGUCCUGAAUAAAAGUACUACGAUUGGAAGGCAUAAAGACUCAGACCUUGUUUUAGAGUCUAAGGACAUCGACAACCAUCACGCUCUCAUUGAGUAUAAUGAGGCCGAGGGCAGCUUCGUUCUCCAGGACUUCAAUUCCCGCAACGGCACCUUUGUCAAUGAGUGCCACAUUCAGAACGUGGCUGUGAAGCUGCUACCCGGAGACAUCCUGAGGUUCGGGUCUGAAGGGCUGACCUAUGAACUCGUCAUCGAAAACUCGCCCUCGGUCUCCUUCCCAUGGGUGAGGGGUCCAGCACGUUGGCCAGGGCCACAGCCACCUCGGGCCACACAGCAGCCGAACCAGUCACCCUUGCCACCACAGACACCCUUCCACCCGGGCAUCCGGCCAACGCCAGUGCAGAAGAGCUGGUCCCAGGGGUGCUCCAGGUCCAACGUGGCCCCGCCUGCCUCCCACAAGCGGCCUAUGAGUGCCUGCGGGAAGAUGUUCUCCUUCGUGGUGGAGAGCACCAGCCGGUCUCCCGUCAUCAAGCAAGUGUGGACCAACGCUACGGAGCUGUUGGAGCAGUCGGUGGCCGAGGGCAUUCCCGGGACAGCCCCUUCCAGGGAGAUUUAUGUGGAGCAGGACCUGGCCCAGCAGAAUAAGGAUGAAGUCAUCCUGCUGCUGGGAAGCGAAGUCAGCCGGCUCUCGGAGUUCGAGCUGGAGUCCAAGUACAAAGACGCGGUGAUCGCGAGCCUGCAGAACGAGCUGGCCUGCCUGAGCCAGAAGCUGCUGGAGACCAGCGCCUCCGGGGCCGAGGGGCUGAGCCCCCAGAAGCUCCCCGUCCUGGAUGAAGACCUCGACGCCAACCAGAGAGAGAUCCAGAGCUUGAAAAGCCAGGUCAGUGCCCUUCAGCAAGGAUACAGCCAGGUGCUGUGCCAGACCCUGUCCGAGAGGAACUCGGAAAUCACAUCGCUCAAGAACGAGGGCGAGAACUUAAGGAGGGACAACGCCAUCUCGUCAGGGAUGGUGUCCUCUUUGCAAAAAGAGGUAUUAGCAAAGGAUGAGCAAGUUCAACAACUCAAACAGGAGGUGAACCAACUGAAAAGUGAGAACAAAGAAAAGGAUCACCAGCUGGAAGCCCUCAGCUCCAAAUGUUCAGUGCUCAAAGAGGCAUUAAAAAAGGAAAAUGCUCAGAAGGAGCACCAGGAGGCCCAAGAGAAAGAGUUAAAACUCUGCAGAUCCAAAAUCCAAGACAUGGAGAGAGAAACGAAGAGGCUCAAGGAGGAGCUGAGGAAGAGUACGACUGAGCAGGGCGUGAUCAGUAAGACGCUUCGAGAAAAGAGCAAGGUUGAAGAGAAGCUUCAGGAGGAUUCCAGAAGGAAAUUGCUUCAGCUACAAGAAAUGGGGAACAGAGAGAGCCUCAUUAAAGUCAAUUUGGAAAGGGCAGUAGGUCAGCUGGAGCACUUCCGGAGCCAGGUGAUCAAGGCCACCUACGGGCGAGCGCAGCCGUUCCUGGGCGCGCCCGUCACCGAUCAGCAGGUAAUAGACAAGAUCGCCCAGGUCACUGAGGACAGCAUCAGCCUCCAGCAGAGAAAGUGGAGCCAGCAGAAAGAGACCCAGCUCAGCAACUCCAGACAGGAGAUCGCAGAGAACAUCGAGAAGCUGACCAUGUCCCUAGACAGCUGCCAGGCGUGCAUGAAAACGGCUUGCUGUAGCAAGGACCUGGAGAAGGAGGUGGCUCUUCUUCGGUGCCUCCAGGUGAGCCCACCUGUCUCGGGGCUCCAGAAGGUGGCGCUGGACAUCGUGCACCUGUCGCAGUCCUGGCUGGAGGACACGGAGCGUCUGCUGGGGGAUGUCGGGAUCCAGCUAUCCAGCUCCGACAAAGGAUUGUCUUUGUAUCUGAAAUAUCUCCUGGAACAUUAUAAAAAAGUCACAAGCCAGACCCAGGAACUUCAGAUCAAGAUCAGCAGUUCUCAGGAGACUCAGAAGUCUUUGCUGCAAGAGGCGCUGCAGGAGCAUCUGGCAGAGAAGGAGAAGCUGAACGAGGAGAGGCUGCAGCAAGAGGAGAAGCUGAGAACCAGAGUCAAGCAGCUGAUAAACGAGAAGGCGGCUUUGGAGGAGAGAAUUACUCAAGAGAAAAACAGAGCCAGAGAAGCUUUGGAGGAAGAACAGAGGAGAGUCCAGGAGCUGGAGAAGCGCUUAGCCCACCAGAAGAAGGCGCUGGAGGAGAGCUUUGUUCAAGAGAAACGCAGAGUGAAGGAGGCACUAGAGGAAGAGCAGAGGAGAGUGCGUGAGCUGGAGAAUCGCUUGACCUGCCAGAAGGAGGUUUUGGAGAGCAACGUGAGCCACGAGAAAAGAAAAGCAAAGGAGGCCAUAGAGACAGAAAAGAGGCGAGUUCAAGACCUGGAGAACCACUUAACGCAGCAGAAGGAGAUCUCCGAGAGCAGCAUCGCCCAUGAGAAACAGAAAGCGAAGGAGGCCAUCGAGAAGGAGAGGAGAAGAGCGCAGGACCUGGAGAACCGCCUCACCCAGCAGCAAGAGGAAAUGGAUCUGAAGCUGCAAAGAGAAGAUGCUCUAAAUGACAAGCUGAACGACGCACUGGCCAUGGUGGAAGAGACUCAGAAAACAAAGGCGGCCGAGAGUCGGAAAGCAGAGGGUCUCGCCUUGAAGUUAAACGAGACGUUAGCCGAGCUGGAAACGGCCAAGACAAAAACGAUCAUGAUGGAGGGGCGCAUACAGCUGCAACAGCAGACCAUCAAGGCCCUCCGAGAAGAACAAGAAUCACAGAAACACGGAUUUGAGGAAGAAAUCCUGGAAUACAAGGAGCAAAUCAAACAGCACUCCCAGACGAUCGUGAGUCUAGAAAAACGACUCAGAAAAGUGACUGAACACCAUAAGAAAAUAGAAGAGGAGAUCGCAACUCUGAAGGACAAUGACCCGGCCCAGGAGAAGGACACACAGCAAGACUGUCCAGCGGGGCCCCCACUGGAGAGCAGCGCCAAGGACGCAGUGUGUGACCACUUGAUAGAGGACCUGCUGAUGGCGCAGAAGGAAAUCCUGUCUCAGCAGGAGGUCAUCGUGGGCUUAAGGAAAAACCUCACCGAAGCCCAUGGCCGAAUGUCGGAUCUGAGAGGGGAGCUUAACGAGAAGCAGAAGGUGGAACUGGAGAGGAAUGUGGCCCUGGUCCAACAGCAAAACCAUGAACUGAGUGUGCUCAAGGAAAAGGUGGCACAGAUGACCAGCCUGGUGGAGAAGAAGGACAGGGAGCUGGAGGUGCUCAAGGAGGCACUCAGAGCCUCCCAAGAGAAACACAGGCUCCAACCGCACAAAGAGAAGGAGCAGAAGCCCAGGAAUGCGACCCAGAUGUGUGACAUCUCGGUGCAGAUCGAACCGAUCCACACCGAUAUCUUCAUGAGCAGCCAGGAGGAGCAGUCCUUCAGUGACCUGGGGGCCAAGUGCAAAGGGUCCCGACACGAGGAAGUCAUUCAGCGUCAGAAAAAGGCCUUAGCGGAGCUCCGGGGGCGGGUUAAAGAACUCGAGAAGGCUUGCUUGGCAAAUGAGAAAGGCCACCUGAAUGAAUCCUUUCUAGACUUAAAGACUCUCAGAAUGGAAAAAAAUGUCCAGAAAAUAUUGGAAGCAAAACCUGAUUGGCCAGCUCUCUCAAGGAUAGAGAUCCGAGCGGCUCAAAAUGGACUUGCCAACUUGGCCACCGAGAAGUCAAGGAAAACGGACAUGGCCGAGGCUUUGGAUCUCAGUGAAAAGCUGUACAUGGACAUGAGCAAAACGCUUGGGAGCCUGAUGAACAUCAAGGAUAUGGCAGGUCACGUGUCCAUGAAGCACCUCUCCCCCGAAGAGAGGGAGAGGGUCAACCAGCUUCGACAAAGAGACCUCGAUCUGGUGUUCGAUAAGAUCACCCAACUCAAGAACCGGCUGGAGAGAAAGGAGGAGCUUUUGAGAGGAUACGAAAAGGACAUUGAACAGCUCAGGCAGAGCAAAGUGUCCGUUCAGAUGUACCAGUCACAGGUGGCAAAGCUGGAGGACGACAUCUACAAGGGGGCCGAGGAGAAGGCGCUGCUGAAGGAGGCCCUGGAGCGCAUGGAGCAGCAGCUGCACCAGGAGAAGAGGAUCAACAGGGCCAUGAGGCAGCAGAAGGUUGGAACCAGAAAAGGCACCCCAAAGAUGGACAUAGAAAGAGAGAUGCUGAAGAGAGAUUCUUCCAGCAAAUCCAGCCAGAGUCUUUUGUCCUCAAAGCCUGGUGGAAGGAACUAG